AUGGUAAAUGAUGAGUUUGUGAACCUUCCAAUCAGUCUUCAAGAUGGAGAAGUGACUGUUCACAAAAGUGGGUGGUAUGCAGUCAUCAGCACAAGCUUUGGCUUGGAGGUAAAAUUUGACUGGAAGAGUGCGGUUUUCGUCACUCUUAGCAGCGACUACAAGGGAGCUGUGUGCGGUCUUUGCGGCAAUUACAAUGGCAAAGAAAAUGACGAUCUUAUUCCUAAAAACGGUAUACAACCUGUCGAACCGGCAGUCUUCGGCGCCAGUUGGAGAGUGGCGGAGAUCCCAGGAUGCCUCGACGCUUGUGAAGGGGAGUGCCCAGACUGUGACAUAACUGAGAAGGAUAAAUAUGAGAACAAUGAUUAUUGCGGAAUUAUCAAAGAUCCCAGAGGUCCCUUCCGCGAUUGCCACGCCCAAGUAGACCCGGCCGACGCCUUUGAAGACUGCGUGUUUGACGUGUGCACGUUUGAAGGGACACAAGAUAUUCUGUGUCAGGCCAUUACCGCCUACACUUCUGCAUGUCAAGAAGUAGGAGCCAAAGUCUACAGCUGGCGUACCGAGCAGUUCUGUCCAAUAAAGUGUUCGGCCAUCAGCCACUACGAAGUGUGUGCAGAUACUUGUCCCGCAACCUGCCCAAGUCUGGCCCCUCCCCGUGGCUGUCAUCUCCCAUGCAUGGAGGACUGUGUCUGUGAUGAAGGCCACAUCCUCAGCGGAGACAUCUGUGUACCCCUCUCACACUGUGGUUGUGAGCACGAAGACCGCUACUACCACAUCGGAGAAGUUUUCUUCCCCAAUGGAAUGUCGCCCAAAGGUCCUUUCGCCAGCUGCCACAGUAUACUGGACCCUAAGGAGUUCUUUGAGGACUGUGUGUUUGACGUGUGUGCAGCGAAUGGAGAAGAAAGUGUGCAAUGUGACAAUGUAGCGGCCUAUGCUUUCAGUUGUCAGAAGGCAGGAGCGGAUAUUCAGAUCUGGAGGUCUCCUUUCUUCUGUCCGAUGAAGUGUCCGGCCAACAGCCACUAUGAGCUAUGUGCGGACUUGAGUGGUGUGGCCUGUUCGGGACUCGCAGAACUAGUGCCGUUUAACACUGGCUGCAGAGAGGGCUGUGAAUGUGACACCGGUUUUGUGUUCAAUGGAGAGACAUGUGUCGAAGAGGAUGAAUGUGGCUGCUCUGAUGGGCAAAGAACAUACAAGGUUGAUGGAGAGCUCUAUAAUCUGCCAGUGGUUUUGGGUGAGGAGAGCUUAGUGUCUAUAUCACAACAAGGACAUCAAAUCAAAAUCAAAAUGAUCUUUGGCCUCAUUGUUACUUACGACUGGAACCACGAACUUAUUAUCAAGCUCCCAAGCUCUUACUACAACCUGGUCUGUGGCCUGUGCGGCAACUUCAAUGGAGACAAAACUGAUGAGAUUCAAAACCCAGCCGGAGAGUUGUUGUCCAAUGUCGUGGACUGGGCAAAAAGCUGGAGAACUCCCAAUCAAAAAGACAAGAAAUGCAGUGACACGUGCCAACACGACUGUCCAGCUUGUGAUGAUAAGCAACGCAAGGUUUAUGAGACAGAAGACUUGUGCGGAGCCCUCACCGCUAAACACCAUAAUGUGUUUGAGAUAUGCCAUGAAAAGGUGGCUCCAAAACCUUUCCUGGACAGCUGUGUGUUUGACAUGUGUAUGAACAAGGGGGACAAGAAGAUACUUUGUCAGACGCUGGCCUCCUACACUCAGCAAUGUCGUGAGGAAGGAGUCGAAAUCAACGGCUGGAGGCGGAAAUUUGGCUGCCGUGAGUUGUUAUUUUAG